CCAAAUAAACAGUUAUGUUGCCCUUAUCUGUGUCCACAAAUUCUCACAUCAAACUUCUCUAAUCAGCCACUGACUUGGUAGUUUGUUUUCCUUCACAACCAUGGACAUUGCUCUCCAAAACCUUCUCUCACUACCAAUCUUACCCUUGUUCCUCAUCUUGUUCACAGUGUUUACCAUAUUCUGGAGAACAAAAACCAAGUCUUCAAACUCCAAGUUACCACCAGGACCACCAAAACUACCCCUUAUAGGAAACUUGCACCAGCUUGGAGCAAUGCCUCAUCACGGCCUGGCAAAACUUUCACACCAAUUUGGCCCUCUCAUGCACAUAAAACUUGGUGCACUUUCCACCGUAGUGGUGUCUUCCCCUGAAAUGGCCAAGGAAGUGAUGAAGACACAUGACAUCGCUUUUGCAAAUAGGCCUUAUCUUCUUGCAGCAGAUGUUAUAUCCUAUGGCUCCAAGGGUAUCAGUUUUUCCCCUUAUGGCGGUUACUGGAGGCAGAUGAGAAAAAUUUGCACCUUUGAGCUACUAACUCCAAAGCGUGUUGAAUCAUUCAAAGCAAUUAGGGAUGAGGAGGCAUCAAAGCUUGUUAAAGAGGUGGGUUUGAGAGAAGGGUCAUCUAUGAAUCUCAGUAAGAUGAUCAAUUCAUGCUCUUAUGGAUUGACAUCAAGUGUAGCUUUUGGAGGUAAAUCCAAUGAUCAAGAAGCUUUCAUAGCUGUUAUGAAAGAUGUGUUAAAAGUUGUUGCUGGUUUUUCUCUGGCUGACUUGUAUCCUAUUAAAGUGCUUCCAGUUUUGACUGGAUUAAGGUCCAGAGUUGAGAAGUUACAUCAAGAAGUAGAUAGGAUCCUAGAGAAAAUUGUGAGAGAUCACAGGGUAACAAAGGAAACCAAUGAAAAAGAAGGAGAGGAUCUUGUUGAUGUUCUGCUAAAGCUUCAGAAACAGAACAACCUUGAGCAUCCUCUAUCUGACAACGUUAUCAAAGCAACCAUUUUGGAUAUCUUCAGUGCUGGAAGUGGUACUUCAGCUAAAACCAUAGAUUGGGCCAUGUCAGAACUUGUCAAAAAUCCAAAGGUGAUGGAGAAAGCACAAUCUGAGAUAAGAAGGGUGUUUGGUGAAAAGGGGCAUGUAGAUGAAGCUAACCUCCAUGAAGUGAAGUACUUAAAGUCAAUAAUCAAAGAAACACUGCGACUACACCCUCCUGUUCCAUUAUUACUACCAAGAGAGUGCAGUGAGAGAUGUGAAAUCAAUGGGUAUGAAAUAGAAGCUAAGAGCAAGGUUAUUGUUAAUACUUGGGCUAUUGGAAGGGAUCCAAACUAUUGGAGUGAUGCUGAGAAGUUUUUUCCAGAAAGGUUUCUUGAUUGUUCAGUUGAUUACAAAGGUGCAGAUUUUCAGUUUAUUCCAUUUGGUGCUGGAAAAAGAAUGUGCCCUGGAAUCACUUUUGGCAUUGCCAAUGUUGAACUGUUGCUAGCAAAUUUACUUUUCCAUUUUGAUUGGAAGAUGCCUAAUGGGAAUAAGUGUGAAGAGCUUGACAUGACUGAAUCAUUUGGUUUGUCUGUUAGAAGAAAACAAGAUUUGUAUUUGAUUCCUUACAUUUGGCAUUCAUUUUGCUAAUUAAAAUCAUUGAGUAAGGAACACUUGUGUAUAUGCUCUCAUUCAUUGGAUCUGAAAUCACUACUUUUUGGUGAAAAUGGAAGAAAGAUCGAAGAAUGAAGAUGCAUAAACUGCAGUUCAACAAUUGUAUCAGUGACUGAUGAGAGAAUGAAAGAAAAAUACUUGUUUAUUGUUCAA